AUGUCGUUUAGAAGCAGCCCGAUUAUUUCCGGCUCUGGAGGCUGGGGUAAUGGCGAGGCAGCUCCCAUCUGCGCCGACCAGAAUGCCCUCACCCGAAUUCCUGGCCUGAUCUUCGAAGUCGGCGACAACGGUCGCAUCAUCGCGCAGCCGGGCACUCCUCAGCUCAAGCUCCUCAUCCGGGGCUACGCGAAUGACACUUCCACUCGCGACAUGGCCAAGCUCAUUGCGCGUCGUGGUGCUGAUCUUCUAGCCGCGUACUUCAAGGUCGUCGCUGCUGCCAGCAACGGCAAGAACGCCCUGGUCGACCAGAAUCACCACCUGGCCUGGGUCCCCGCUCUACGAAGCCUGGUCAAGGAGAAGAGAUGGGACGAGUUUCCGGACGUCAAGAAUCACCACGUCCAGGCUGUAUUAAUCGCCAUCGGAGACGCUCGCAAGCGCUUCAUCGACGAACUCACCGUCACCCCCGCUCCUCCCAACCGUGAGCAUUACAAGACCUUUCUCGACCUUGUCGAUCGCUUCAAUUCCGACCCUACCGUCCCGUCUGCCUUCCAGAUCUCCCAGAUGAUCCGAGAUGCUUUCGCUGCACUCCAGAUCAGCGACCAGCAGAUUGAUCAGAUCAGCAACGGUCUUCAAACCUCGGCGGACCAGCUCCAGGCUGCCGUGACCAAGACAAUCCAGGACGCACUCGAUGAUUUCAACGCCAAGGACAAGGUCAUUGAGACCAUCACUCAGCAGACCGAUCAGACCAACAAAGCUGCUCAAAUGGCUCAGACUGAGAUCACGGCCCUCAGAGCCAAGUAUGAGAAGAUCAAGGAUGAGAAGCAGAAGCUCAUGGAGAAGAACGCCGAGGCUACGGCCACCGCCGUGGUCGCCUCUUUGACCGAUACCAUUACUGGCGCUGUGACUCAUGCUAUGGCUGAGAUGGAGGCUGCCGAGCAGCACGGUAGCAUCUCCGGCCAGGAGAUGCUGUUCGCCCACAUCGUUGAUGACCUCAAUGAGCUUGAGGCUCUUCGAGGCGGCGAGGGUGUGGAGUGGGCUGCCAAUGACCUUGAUGACUACAAGGAGAAGCACAAUAUCCCUGAUUUCUGA